GCUGCAAAGUUAUACACACAACAUGUUUUCAAGUUGGUAAAAGCUGAGAUACUUGAUGCUGAGGCAAUGAAUGUAGUUGAGAGGACUGAAAAUGGUAACAAGGUAGUAUUUAAGGUGGAGAAAUACUCUGAACAACAUCGUAUACAUGAAGUUGUGUUUGAUACUGAAGAAUGUAAAUUUUUUUGUGAUUGUAUGUUAUUUGAAUCUUGUGGAAUUCCUUGUGGGCAUAUUAUAUGCUCAAUGCGGCUAGAUCAUAUCACCUUGUUUCCUACAACAUUAAUAUGCAAGCGUUGGAUGAAGGAUGCGAAGAGUUCAAUUAUUUCGUCAUAUGAUGCAGGGAAUAAUGAUAGUGAGAUGAGUAAUGUGGCACGUCUUAGUGUUUUGGCUUCAUCUUGUAAUAGACUUUGUGAAAUGGCAGCCAAAAAACAUGAAACUUUCAAUUUCAUCAGGGAAGAGAUUUUGAAGUUACUUGGAAAAAUAGAAAAGAAGAGUGUUAUUGGAUUGGAUAAUGAAACAUGUGAUCCUAAUGUUGUGAAGACUAAAGGAGCCUCACAGAAAAAGAAGUUGACCAAGAAAAGGAAAUGCUCAAAUUGCCAUAAAUGUGGGCAUAUAAAAUCUAAAUGUCCUUUGCUUGAUUGUAUAGAAGAUAAUUUGAUUAGUAUUGACGAAUGGUUUGAUUCAGGGGAUGAUGGGGUGCAAGACAAUGUGCAAGAAGACAUUCGUCGUAAUGAGUUUGACAUGAAUGAUAGUACAGAUGCAGAACAAAGUUCCCAAAAUUAUAUACGUAGAAGACAAAUUAGAGUUGGUGGAGGUGAUAAGGGUGAGCAACAAAGAUCCUGA